AUGGAACUGAAUCCGUUAGACUUUCAGAUCUUCGUGCAAGCUCAUGGCAAACAGCUGCAGACUUCAGCUGUGCCGAAACUCUUCUGGCAAACUUUAUACACCAAGCUGAUAAGAGAGUUGCACGAUGACGAAAUGCUGUUUGAGAUCCAGAACGAUCCUGAGGCACCACUGACAACAGUUACUGGUGGCUGGAGGGCUAUGUGCUGCGCUUCUUCACCAAUCCAACCUAAUGACCCUAAAAGCAUCUACCUUAUUGACCACAUAUGGACUCAUGAAAUUAAAGAAGUGCGGCCAGCCCUGGAAGGUGACCCAGACCUUACCAAAAGAAUGACAAACUUAAUGGCCAUUGAAGCUGAUGGAUUAAGCAAGGAGAAGCAAAUUCACAAGAUCUUGGACUACAUGUGGUGCUUCGUCCAGACAUCUUUUGGAAGAAUUGCCCUGGACACUGAAACUACUAAACCCAAGUGGUUUAUUAUGGAUGAGUUUGGAAGUCGCAUCCACCACUCAGACACGCCCAACUUUCGAGUCAUCCCAUUUUACUACAAGGCUAUUGAGAGAGCAUUCUCCAUCAUGUGGCCGCUGAUGGAAGUAAGGAAUGGAGAUGAAGUAACAAGGGACUUUGUGUUUGGAGAACUUGAUACUGCCAAACGUCGUGCACGCCUCAUUCCUUGGACACACCACAAUGUCAUACGUAUCAGCUUUGAACAUGUGGAGCCAGAAGUUUCCUAUUUCCAGAAGGGCAAAGAGGAUGAAACCUGGCCACCAGCUGACUUUGAGUUUGAAGGUCUACCUGUGGAUAGAAAUCUUAAGGUGUACAUUGAAAGCCUGGACUUAAAGAAGCUGCUCACAGAUAAAAGGUUUGAAGUUGUGGAUGACCCAGUUCAGGCGGAUAUCUAUUGGUUCUGCACGCGAUUUGGUGACUUCAAAGCGUUCGGUGAAACUAAAUCUAAAUGCAUGAUCAACCAGUUUCCAUGUCAGAAUGUUCUGACAUCAAAGGACCUGCUUGCUGUUACAGCUAGGCGCUCUUCUGAGAUAACUGACCCUUAUGAUAUAGAAUUGUCCUUGAUGUCCAAUCCCAGAUGGCUGCCCACAACAUACGACUUAUCUACAGAGUUAUUAAGAUUUGUUUCCUUCUUUCAAAACAGAUCCAGAAGGAUGUUGGAUAACCAUUGGAUUUGUAAGCCACUCUAUUUGGCUCGUGAUCUUGAUACUCAUAUCACUGGGAACAUAGACAGGAUAAUCAGGGUGCUUGAGACAGGACCUAAGGUUGUUUGCAAGUAUGUGGAUAACCCUGUUCUGUUUCUCCGCUCGGACAUCUGGUGUCCUGUCAAGUUUGACCUCCGGUUCUUUGUUCUCUUGACCAGUGUUAAGCCCGUACAGUUUUAUGUGCAUGAGAUGUUUUCUGUGAGAUUUUGUAACAAACCUUUUUCUCUUGACUCCUUGGAUGAGCCUGAAGUACAUUUUACCGUCAACGAGCAUAGCAAAGAGAACACAUAUCAUCUCAGCUGUGAGACCUUUAUAUCCCAGUUUGAAACGCAGAACCCAGACCAUAAAUGGAUUAAUAUUUUGAAUGACAUCUUUAAGUGCCUGAAAAAACUGUUUGAGGCAGCUACUUCUAUGCCACCACCAAGAGGCAUCUGCCCUUCUCCUCAGUCUCGAGCAAUGUAUGCGUUUGAUGUAUUGCUGGCCUGGGACCAAAAGCUUUCUGGAAUAAAGACCAUUCAGCCCAAAAUUGUGGAUGUAAACACCAAUCCAGACUUGACCCAAUUCUGCAAAUAUCACCCUUCCUUCAUGAAUGAAAUAUUCACUGUGCUUUUCAUGGAUGAAACCAGCUGCAAGCCAGUCAUCCCUUUGUGA